AUGGCUUACGAUAUCGACGAGCCGCAACGUGGUUCCAUUCCAACAAAUUUCUCCCAACUUGAUGAAGUGCACAUCACUACACCGUCACAUUCCAUCCUUAAUCACUGUCUCAAAAAUGUUCGUUAUCCCUCAUGUCGAUCAUUGAAGAUGACCGUCGAUCCUGAUGAUUUCGACGCUGACCCAGAGGUCUCGUUAUUCCCGUAUGGUCUGUUGGAAAUUGCAGACGUCAUCUCCCUCUCGGAGUGCUUCUCUCCUGUUCUCAAGGAACUUGUUUUUGAAUUGGAGUUUGCACUUGGCUUUGACGUGGUUGUCCCGUUGCUGUCGUUUAGUCGCUUGACGAACUUACGGCUCGAUUGGAUUUGCACUUCGGCCAUCGAUGACGCCUCACUCAAGACGAUUGCGCAAUCCUGGCCUCAGCUCGAGACUUUUUGGUUCGGAGGUGCGGUUCUAUGGGUGGUCCCGCCAUCUCUCACCUUCAUAGGAUUUGCCCACCUCAUAUAUCAUUGCCGGCGCUUGUGCAACAUUCAAAUGUCCUUUCGCGCAUGUCCAGUCGAUAUCAACAGCGAGCCGUUCUCUAAAACCAUCCCUAACGAGAAUAUCACCAGUUUUUCUGUGGCGGUAUCUCCAAUUGUCGAUCCCAUCAGCGUGGCCUGUCAACUGCGUAGAUUGCUGCCCAAAUUGACCGAAGUCUACUUCCUCGACUGGCUUGCUUACAAGCUUCACGUGCCGCCCUCAUUUGAACAUUAUGAGGAUGGAUGGAGUACGGUGAACGAGUUCCUGGGGGUUCGUCACUACUACAAAUGGAGAAGAAAUAGGCUAAAGAUCGCAGCCCAUGCUCUUGGUUUGACGGGACGUAUUGCGCAGUGA